GUCGAUCCAUCUGUUUACGGUAUGCGGAAAAAAGCAGAAUUUAGAGGUUGCUGAACGAAUAUACAGUCACGCGCCAGUGCUUUGACAGGCAGUGUGUGAUUGUCAGUUUCAUUAUUAGUUACCCGAGUAACUUUAGAUAUUCGCUCUUCUGAACACAUUGAUUUUGUGGCAUGUCGAGCACAUGAACUGUUAAGAUAGGAGGCUAAAUGGCAGACGUUGGAAAGUGUGUCAUUCAUUAAAGGGUUGACGGUUUCCAGUAAACAUCUCAAGUCAACAAGUCAGCUGACGAUGGCCAGCGGGGAUGCCAGUGAGAGCACUCCUCUUUUGGACAGCAGCUCUGUGAGCAGGCCUGUGUCAGUGUUCCAGGGCAGAAGACUGGCGUGUGCAACCAUUCUGCUUGCAGAAUCAUUGGAACGAGUGGCAUUCUAUGGCAUCACUUCCAACCUGGUCCUUUUCCUCAACAGUAGCCCAUUUUAUUGGGAGGGGACUGAGGCCAGCCAGGCACCCCUGAUGUUCAUGGGGGUUACAUACCUGAUCUCACCAUUUGGUGGCUGGCUGGCUGAUGCAUAUCUGGGCAAGUUCUGGACCAUUGCUGGCAGUUUGAUCCUAUACUUCCUUGGCAUGCUGUUUUUCCCAUUUAUUGCAUAUGAAGACUCCAGGAAAACCCUAUGUGGUGAUGAAAUGGCAUUUCCAGUGCAACCUGCAGAGUGUUUGAGCACAAACAGUACCUCUCCAAGCAAUGUGACCUGCCCCACACGGGCACCUUACUGUGGGCCAGUGAUCUACACCGGCCUUAUUCUCAUUGCCCUAGGUGUGGGAACAGUGAAGUCCAACAUCACUCCAUUUGGGGCAGACCAGGUAAAAGAUUGCGGCCCAGAGGCCACUCGCAGGUUCUUCAACUGGUUCUACUGGUGCAUCAACCUGGGGGCCAUCUUGUCCCUGGGUGGCGUGGCCUACAUCCAGCAGAACAUCAACUUCCAAUUGGGGUACAUAAUUCCAGCAGUGUGCCUGGGUGUCUCCUUCCUGGUGUUCCUGCUGGGGCGCACAGUCUUCAUCAACAAGCCUGCUGACGGUAGUGCCUUCACUGACAUGUUCAAGAUCCUGGGUUAUGCCUGCUGCAACGCACAGCCCAAAGAGCCCAACCUGCUACGGGCUAAACCAACCAUGCUGGAAGGAGCUAAGGUGACUUAUGGAGGGAGAUUCCCUGAGGAGAAAGUGGAGGAAGUGAAAGCAGUGCUGAAAAUUCUCCCGGUGUUCUUUGCUCUUAUCCCAUACUGGACUGUAUACUUUCAGAUGCAGACAACGUAUUUCCUCCAGAGCCUACAUCUAAGGAUUCCUGACAUCCGCACAGGCACCAACAGCAGCGCCGGGACCCACCAGAUUACGUUCCGCUUCCCUGCUGCCUGGCUGACAAUGUUCGACGCAGUGCUUAUUCUCAUGCUGAUCCCCCUUAAGGACAAAGUGGUGGACCCCAUCCUCAAACGCAGAGGCCUGCUGCCCUCCUCCCUCAAGAGGAUCGCAGUGGGGAUGUUCUUCGUCAUGUGGUCAGCUGUGGCGGCUGGUAUACUGGAGACAAAACGACUUGAGAUCAUCAAAUCUAAUGGCACCAUCGACCAGGUCUUUGGAGAUGUAAUCUACUACGCAGCAGAUCUGCCCAUUUGGUGGCAGGUGCCUCAGUAUGUGCUCAUCGGAAUCAGUGAAAUCUUUGCCAGCAUCGCAGGUCUGGAGUUUGCCUACUCAGCUGCCCCCAGGUCCAUGCAGAGUGCCAUCAUGGGGCUGUUCUUCUUCUUCUCUGGGAUAGGCUCCUUCGUGGGCUCCGGCCUACUGGCCAUAGUGUCCCUCAAGGGGAUUGGCUGGAUGUCCUCCCACAAGGAUUUUGGUAACAUCAAUGACUCCCAGCUCAACUACUACUUCUUCCUGCUAGCGGGGAUCCAGGGCCUCACCCUGCUGGUCUUCCUCAUCGUGUCGGUCAAGUACGACAAACGGAAGAGUAAUAGAGCAGGAAGUCAGAGGCAGGGUAUCACUUCAUCUGGGUCCCAGGACUGACCCCUGUCCAUCUGACCUCACCCUACCUGCUUUAGUUCGUAGUGGUUAGUGCCAAAACACCUGCCUGAUUUGGUACUGGAGUCCCUAAAAACACGCCACUUCGAUACAGCUAUGACCGGAAGUGACUUUUCGUAGCAAGUUAAGAGAGCAUUUUAUCCAACUCUAACCCUUUUCCUAACCUUAACCUAAUUCUCCUAACCUGCUACGUUAAUUCUCCUAACCUGCUACGAAAAAGUCCCUUCCGGUCGUAGCUGUAUCAAAGUGACGUGCUUUUAGGGAAUCUCGAUUUGGUACGGGAUAGUUUGUGUUCUUUUCCUCAAUGGGUUUGUAAGACUAUUACAUUUUAAAGGAGAAAUAUCUAUUUCCCUCACAUGAGAUCAAGUUCAUCUUUAAUGUAUAUUUAUUGUACAGUACCUUAUUUAAACUAUAAUUACUGUGUUAGAUCAGGGUGCCCUUGAAUACGAAUUAUGUAAUUUUCAAUAAUUUAAACUAAUUAUUUAACGUAAACUGCUCAAAUUAAACCCAAAUGACUCACUCCUAUCGUCAGAUAAGUAUGGCAUUACACGACUGUAGCCUUUUUACUGGUAUCAUAGAUCAAUUUACAAUUUAACAUGACACACUACUUUGAAAAACUUUUGAGGAUUCAUCAACUGACUGAUCAGGUUUGUACUCUUGUUUGUUUUCUCUUAAAGCCUUUCUUUGAUAAUUUGCAGUAGAGGAAUUGUGCCAUAUUCAGACAGUAUUGAACAUUAUUCAAUUGUGAUUAGGGGCUUGGUGUUUGCUAGAUAACUUUUUUAAACAUCUGUUUAUGAUUGGCAUGUAUAGGUUAAAUAAAACAUGUUUUUUUACUAAUCAUUAUUUUCACCUACUGUAAGCGUUUUCAAUAUGGUACUAUGUUUUCAGUCUUUAAUUUUGAAUGAUGUCAUACUGUUGCUUAUACGGUGAGUGUACAAAACAUUAGGAACACCUUCCUAAUAUUGAGUUGCACCCCCUUUUGCCCUCAGAACAGCCUCAAUU